AUGGCGACAGCAACAAUGGCGACGGCAGCCGGUGUGGCAGCCCUUCUGUACUACACUUUGAACCGUAAACUAGAGACGGGCGAAUCACCCCAUGAUGAUGAUGAAAAUGAUAGUGGCAGUGAGGUGACAGCAACUAGGAUGCAGUUGGGGAUCAAUCGCGUCUCUAGUAGAUUGAUUCAAGCUCCUGGUACAUGGUUAGAGACAAUCUCUACUCUGUCUGAGACUCUCAGAUUCACUUACUCCGAAACCCUUGGGAAGUGGCCGAUUGCUGACUUGGCAUUUGGGAUUAACUUCCUAUUGAAGAGGCAGGGGAACUUACUUGUUGCUGAGGUAUUUGGCAGUAAAGAUAGUAUGCAGCUAGAGGGACCAGAAAUAGCUGCAGAACUAAAGUACCUCUUACACUUGUUAACCUUGUGUUGGCAUUUCUCAAAAAAACCUUUUCCUUUAUUUCUGGAGGAGACUGGAUUCAGUGUGGAAAAUGUUCUUCUUCAAGAGCCCAAAGCAGGAAUAUUGAAGCCCGCAUUUACAGUCUUAGUUGAUCACCCGACGAAACAGUUUCUGCUAUUGAUACGAGGGACGCAUAGUGUCAAAGAUACGUUGACAGCUGCAACUGGAGCUGUGGUGCCAUUUCAUCACACUGUCGUCCAUGAGGGAGGAGUGAGCAACUUGGUUUUAGGUUAUGCUCAUGGCGGGAUGGUUGCUGCUGCUCGAUGGAUUUCAAAGCUAGCAAUUCCUUGUCUCAAGGAUGCUCUUUCCCAGUAUCCUGACUAUAAGCUCAAGAUUGUAGGGCAUUCGUUGGGUGGAGGAACUGCAGCACUUUUGACCUAUGUAAUGCGGGAACAGCAUGAGUUCUUAACAACUACCUGUGUUACGUUUGCUCCAGCUGCUUGUAUGACGUGGGAAUUGGCUGAAUCUGGCAAUGAUUUCAUCACUUCUGUUAUAAAUGGAGCUGACUUAGUUCCUACAUUUUCCGCUGCUUCUGUGGAUGAUCUUCGUGCAGAGGUCACAGCUUCAGCAUGGCUGAAUGAUUUGAGGAAUCAGAUUGAGCGUACAAGGAUACUAAGCACGGUUUAUCGUUCUGCUUCGGCAUUGGGUUCUCGCCUUCCAUCCAUGGCCAGUGCGAAAGCUAAAGUUGCAGGAGCAGGGGCUAUUUUGCGGCCAGUUUCAAAUGGUACACAGGUUGUGAUGAAGAGAGCUCAGAGCAUGGCUCACGCGGCAUGGACAACACGCCCUUCUGCCCUUACUUUAUCUUCAUGGUCAUGCAUUGGACCCCGCCAUCGUAACACUGCUGCUCAUUCAAACACAGGUGAAGGAAGUUCCCCUCAUUCACCCUCCUCCAAAAUCGAAACUUCUCGACCUCUACUAUCACCCAUGAAGAAAACCGCAAAGAACUCCACUUCAGAUGACAUCGACGACAUUCCCAUAUCGACUUCAGGAGAUCAAUGGACUUCCGAAAUAGAAUGUUCCUGCACCGACGAACCUCCCCACCAUCACGAUGACAUCGAUGAUGAUGACAGCGAUACGCACGAAGACCAAAUAAAUGAAGUCGAGCUGUGGCAGCAGCUAGAGCACGAGCUCUAUGAAGGCGACGAGGAUGCUGACGUGGUGAACGAGAUUAGGGAGGAAGAAGCCGAAGCCAUCGCUGAGGUGGACGGGUUAGGUGAAGAAGCCUCUGCUACUCCACAGGCAAAGGAAGUUCAUAGAUUCUUCCCUGCUGGAAAGAUUAUGCACAUAGUUACGUUUCCUGUUGAGGACGAGACUAGUGAUGAUAGCGGGUCUUGCUCCCCUAGUUCAGAGGACGAGAGAAAGAAGACGGUAGCAAUGGAGACUAGGGUUGGGAUUUUUCUUACAGAGAGGUCGCUUUAUAGUAAAGUGAGAUUGUCGCAGACCAUGAUCAGCGAUCAUUUCAUGCCGGUGUAUAGGAGACAGAUAGAGAGGGUGAUACAAGAGCUUGAGAAGGAAGAAGUAGUUUCUGACCGUGAUGACAGUCAAAGUGAGGAAGCAUUGUUAUAG